AUGGGUAAGCAAGAUCAUUUUCCACUUAAAGCUGAUGACUCUGAGGUGUCUUCAAUUUAAUCACAAGAGCAAAAUAUAUUUCUUAAGAUCUUUUAUAAUCUCAGAGGCCUUAUUCUCUACUCAUUGGGUAUUUUUACUUACAGCUUUGGUAACCUACUGUUUAUGUACAUUGUGAAGAAUUAUCAAGUUUCUUCAUUUGAAAUUUUGUUUUGGGCAUCAUUCAUUAUGCUUUUUAGCUUCUUUAUUCAUAGUUAAAUUGCUGGCUAAGACUUGCUAGAUAUAAAGGUUGGCUUUAAAAAGUUUCUUAUCUGUAGAAUCCUUUUUGGUACCAUGAAUGACGGCUUAUUGUACUUAAGUUAUAAUUAUUUGACAUACAGCAAAGCUACUACCAUUCAAUUUGGCGGGUCUUUUAUAGUACCAUUCCUAUCAUAUUACUUUUUGGGAGAUAAAAUCUAGAAGGAGCAUCUCAUAUUUAUAUUUUUGGGAUUUUUAGGAAUAUUAUUCAUGGUCCAACCCUUCAAAGAUGAAUCCAAUACAUAAUCAAAAUCAUCAUCAGAAAUAGAAUUGCUAGGUUCAUUCAUUGCUUUGGGAGCAGCCCUUACUGGUGCUUUUAUUUUGAUUUUUAUCAGAAAAUUAUAAAACAGUGGAUUGCACUUUACCGUUGUACCUGUUUACUAUGCUUUAGGAAAUAUCAUAAUGCAACCAAUUCUUGGUUACUUUUUGUUCAAUUAAGAUUAGAAUAACACUAAGAUUGCUGGUCAUGAUUGGAUUCUUAUUCUGAGUUUUAUUGGCAUUGGCUUUAAUCUAUAUAUUUCAAAUAUAUUUUUCACUCUAGCAUUCAAUUAUGCCAAUCCUUCAGCUAUUUCUAUAGUUUAAUAUGUUGCAAUGCCUAUAACCUUCCUCUAAGAUUUGUUGAUAUUUGGAAAUGUGCCAAAAUCCAUGGAAAUAAUUGGUGCAGCAUUGAUACUACUAUCAAAUUUGGCAAUCGCUUUCCAUGAGUAUAAAAGCAAGAAAGAAUGA